AUGGAAAACAAGGCUGAUGUCCAUGCUACAGACAAUGUAGGCAUAAGUCCACUCUCGUAUGCGGUAGAGAGAGGUUACAUUGGUGUAGUCAGAUUAUUGAUAGAAAACAAGGCUGAUGUCAAUGCUAUGGUCAAUAAAGGCAGAAGUCCACUCUGGUAUGCGGCAGGGAGAGGUAAAAUUGAUGUAGUCAGAUUAUUGAUAGAAAACAAGGCUGAUGUCCAUGCUACAGACAAUAAAGGCAGAAGUCUACUCUGGGACGUGGCAGGGAGAGGUAACAUUGAUGUAGUCAGAUUAUUGAUAGAAAAUAAGGCUGAUGUUCAUGCUAUAGACAAUGAAGGCAAAAGUCCACUCUUGCAUGCGGUAGAGAGAGGUAACAUUGAUGUUGUCAGAUUAUUGUUAGAAAACAAGGCUGAUGUCAGUGCUACAGACUAUGAGGGCAGAAGUCCACUCUCGUAUGCGGCAUGGGAAUGUUACAUUGAUGUAGUCAGAUUAUUGAUAGAAAACAAGGCUGAUGUCCAUGCUACAGACAAUGUAGGCAGAAGUCCACUCUCGUAUGCGGUACAGAGAGGUAACAUUAUUGUAGUCAGAUUAUUGAUAGAAAACAAGGCUGAUGUCAAUGCUACAGACUAUGAGGGCAGACGUCCACUCUCGUAUGCGGCAUGGGAAUGUUACAUUGAUGUAGUCAGAUUAUUGAUAGAAAACAAGGCUGAUGUCAAUGCUACAGACGUUUAUGGCAGAGGUCCACUCUGGUAUGCGGCAGGGAGAGGUUACAUUGAUGUAGUCAGAUUAUUGAUAGAAAACAAGGCUGAUGUCAAUGCUACAGACAAUGAAGGCAGAAGUCCACUCUGGUAUGCGGCACAGGGAGGUAACAUUGGUGUAGCCAGAUUAUUGAUAGAAAACAAGGCUGAUGUCAAUGCUACAGACAAACUAGGCAGAGGUCCACUCUCGUGUGCGGUAGAGAGAGGUAACAUUGAUGUAGUCAGAUUAUUGAUAGAAAACAAGGCUGAUGUCAAUGCUACAGACAAUGAAGGCAGAGGUCCACUCUGGUAUGCGGCAGGGAGAGGCAACAUUGAAGUAGUCAGAUUAUUGAUAGAAAACAAGGCUGAUGUCGAUGUUACAGACAAUGAAGGCAGAAGUCCACUCUUGCAUGCGGCACAGAGAGGUCACAUUGCUGUAGUCAGAUUAUUGAUAGAAAACAAGGCUGAUGUCGAUGCUACAGACAAUGAAGGCAGAGGUCCACUCUUGUAUAUGUUAGAGAGAGGUAACAUUGAUGUAGUCAGAUUAUUGAUAGAAAGCAAGGCUGAUGUCAAUGCUACAGACAAACUAGGCAGAGGUCCACUCUCGUGUGCGGUAGACAGAGGUAACAUUGAUGUAGUCAGAUUAUUGAUAGAAAACAACGCUGAUGUCAAUGCUACAGACGAUAAAGGCAGAAGUCCACUCUUGUGCGUGGCAGAGGGAGGUCACAUUGAUGUAGUCAGAUUAUUGAUAGAAAACAACGCUGAUGUCAAUGCUACAGACGAUAAAGGCAGAAGUCCACUCUUGUGCGUGGCAGAGGGAGGUCACAUUGAUGUAGUCAGAUUAUUGAUAGAAAACAACGCUGAUGUCAAUGCUACAGACGAUAAAGGCAGAAGUCCACUCUUGUGUGUGGCAGAGGGAGGUCACACUGAUGUAGUCAGCUUAUUGAUAGAAAACAACACUGAUGUCAAUGCUACAGACGAUAAAGGCAGAAGUCCACUCUCGUAUGCGGUCAAGGGAGGUUACAUUAAUGUAGUCAGAUUAUUGAUAGAAAACAAGGCUGAUGUCAAUGCUACAGACGAUAAAGGCAGAAGUCCACUCUUGUGCGUGGCAGAGGGAGGUCACAUUGAUGUAGUCAGAUUAUUGAUAGAAAACAACGCUGAUGUCAAUGCUACAGACGAUAAAGGCAGAAGUCCACUCUUGUGCGUGGCAGUUGGAGGUCACAUUGAUGUAGUCAGAUUAUUGAUAGAAAACAACGCUGAUGUCAAUGCUACAGACGAUGAAGGCAGAAGUCCACUCUUGUGUGUGGCAGAGGGACGUCACACUGAUGUAGUCAGCUUAUUGAUAGAAAACAAGGCUGAUGUCAAUGCUACAGACGAUAAAGGCAGAAGUCCACUCUCGUAUGCGGUCAAGAGAGGUUACAUUAAUGUAGUCAGAUUAUUGAUAGAAAACAAGGCUGAUGUCAAUGCUACAGACGAUAAAGGCAGAAGUCCACUGUCGUAUGCGGCAAGGGAAUGUAACAUUGAUAGAGUCAGAUUAUUGAUAGAAAACAAGGCUGAUGUCAAUGCAACAGACAAUAAAGGCAGAAGUCCACUCUCGUAUGCGGCACGGAGAGGUAACAUUGAUGUAGUCAGAUUAUUGAUAGAAAACAAGGCUUAUGUCAAUGCUACACACAAUGAAGGCAGAAGUCCACUCUCCAAUGCGGUAAAGGGAGGUAACAUUGAUGUAGUCAGAUUAUUGAUAGAAAACAAGGCUGAUGUCAAUGCUACAGACAAUAAAGGCAGAAGUCCACUCUCCAAUGCGGUAGAGGGAGGUAACAUUGAUGUAGUCAGGUUAUUGAUAGAAAACAAGGCUUAUGUCAAUGCUACACACAAUGAAGGCAGAAGUCCACUCUCGUAUGCGGUACUGAGAGGUUACAUUGAUGUAGUCAGAUUAUUGAUAGAAAACAAGGCUGAUGUCCAUGCUACAGACGAUGAAGGCAGAAGUCCACUCUGGUAUGCGGCAUGGAGAGGUUACAUUGAUGUAGUCAGAUUAUUGAUAGAAAACAAGGCUGAUGUCAAUGCUACAGACAAUGAAGGCAGAAGUCCACUCUCGUAUGCGUUACAGGGAGGCGACAUUGAUGUCGUCAGAUUAUUGAUAGAAAACAAAGCUGAUGUCAAUGCUACAGACAAAGUAGGCAGAAGUUCACUCUCGUAUGCGGCAUGGGAAUGUUACAUUGAUGUAGUCAGAUUAUUGAUAGAAAACAAGGCUGAUGUCAAUGCUACAGACAAAGUAGGCAGAAGUUCACUCUCGUAUGCGGCAUGGGAAUGUUACAUUGAUGUAGUCAGAUUAUUGAUAGAAAACAAGGCUGAUGUCAAUGCUACAGACGAUGAAGACAAUGAAGGCAGAAGUCCACUCUCGUAUGCGGCACAAGGAGGUCACAUUGAUGUAGUCAGAUUAUUGAUAAAAAACAAGGCUGAUGUCCAUGCUACAGACAAUGAAGGCAGAAGUCCACUGUCGUAUGCGGCACGGAGAGGUGACAUUGAUGUAGUCAGAUUAUUGAUAGAAAACAAGGCUGAUGUCAAAGCUACAGACAAAAAAGGCAGUAGUCCACUCUCGUAUGCGGUAGAGGGAGGUAACAUUGAUGUAGUCAGAUUAUUGAUAGAAAACAAGGCUGAUGUCCAUGCUACAGACAAUGAAGGCAGAAGUCCACUCUCGUAUGCGGCAAGGGGAGGUAACAUUGAUUUAGCCAGAUUAUUGGUAGAAAACAAGGCUGAUGUCAAUGCUACAGACAAUGAAGGCAGAAGUCCACUCGUGUAUGCGGCACAGGGAGGUAACAUUGAUUUAGCCAGAUUAUUGGUAGAAAACAAGGCUGAUGUCAAUGCUACAGACAAUGAAGGCAGAAGUCCACUCUGGUAUGCGGCACGGCGAUGGAACACUGAUUUAGGCAGAUUAUUGGUAGAAAACAAGGCUGAUGUCAAUGCUACAGACAAUGAAGGCAGAAGUCCACUCUGGUUUGCGGCACGGCGAUGGAACAUUGAUUUAGCCAGAUUAUUGGUAGAAAACAAGGCUGAUGUCAAUGCUACAGACAAUGAAGGCAGAAGUCCACUCUUGGAUGCGGCACAAGGAGGUCACAUUGAUUUAGCCAGAUUAUUGAUAAAAAACAAAGCUGAUGUCAAUGCUACAGCCGAUGAAGGCAGAAGUCCACUCUUGUAUGCGGCACGGAGAGGUCACAUUAAUGUAGUCAGAUUAUUGAUAAAAAACAAGGCUGAUGUCAAUGCUACAGACAAUGAAGGCAGAAGUCCACUCUCGUAUGCGGCACAAGGAGGUCACAUUGAUGUAGUCAGAUUAUUGAUAAAAAACAAGGCUGAUGUCCAUGCUACAGACAAUGAAGGCAGAAGUCCACUGUCGUAUGCGGCACGGAGAGGUGACAUUGAUGUAGUCAGAUUAUUGAUAGAAAACAAGGCUGAUGUCAAAGCUACAGACAAUGAAGGCAGAAGUCCACUCUCGUAUGCGGCACAGGGAGGUGACAUUGAUGUAGUCAGACUAUUGAUAGAUAACAAGGCUGAUAUCAAUGCUACAGACAGCGGAGGUCUCAAGCCACUUUAUUUUGCAAUACACAACAACAAAGAAGUAUUUGAUGAACUGCUUAGAUGUGGGGAAGAAAUUGAUGGCUCAGAUCAAAGAGGUCUAAAUAUCCUACACAUUGGAUUAGCGAGUGUCAGUGAGAGCUUAUUGUAUGUUCUUGAGGAUACAGAUGAUUCACAUGAUACACAUGAGCCAAGGCAGAAGGAGAAAACUGUCAAUGCUCCUGGAAGUUACGACAGGACAAUGCUUCAUGUCGCUGCAACCCUUGGGCUCACUAAACACAUGUCAGUCUUGCUCCAAUAUCGUGGAAUAAAUGUGAAUGCCCGUGACAUCUUCGGCAUGACCUGUCUUCAUUAUGCAACAAUAAUAGGAAAUGAAGACAUAAUCUGUAACCUUCUCAAGGCAGGGGCCGAUAUUGGAGCACUGGAUACUGCAGGGAGGUCUGUUUUGCAUAUUGCAGCAAUCUAUGGACAUUGCAAAUUGAUAGAAACUUUCACUCAAAUUCAAAAUGACUUGCUUCAAGCAAGAGACAACCAAGGACGGAAUUGCCUACACUAUGCUGUGAUCUACAGAAGAGAUGAAGUAGUAAAACUACUUCUCAAUGAUCAGCCAGAUUCUCAAAUUAAUUCUAGCGAGGACAAUAAGGGAAAGAAGCCAAUAGACUAUCUGUACAAAUUUGAGGAAAACACUUUGAUACGGAAACUGUUCGGCAAUCAAUCUCCAGUUAUCAAAAUUGUCAACGAAUACACUGACUUUUCAUGCCACAAGAGUGAAACAAAUCUCUUAGAGGUAUCAAAACAGUGUGGUAUCGGCUCUGUCAAGAGAAUUUCAGGUUUUGAUCUGACUACUUUUGCAAAACAAAUCCAAACAAAAGUUGAGGAGGUGAUCCGUGAAGCUAUACCAGAGUCUGUUGAUGUUAUAGUCAUUGGUUGUGGAAGUUCCUUUGAAGGUUCAAAAGUUGGACUUCCAGAUGAACUAGAUUUCAUGGUCAAACUAUAUUCAGUUUAUAACCAAAAACUGAAAAAGGAGGGCUAUGGAGAGAUGGCAAGAGAUAAAGAAAAGACUAUACAACUGAACAUAGACAAUACACCAUAUGGUAUAUGGCUGUGGAAUAGACUGAUGAUCUACUGGAGUGAACAUCAGCGUCAAAAGGAAGGUGAACAUCAAAGAACUGAUCAUGAACCCCAGUUUCAGAUGCCAUUGCCUCCGGUGCGACACCCUGAUCACACUACUUGUACAACCUGGAUCUGGUUAUAUAGUGACAGUAUGUUCAAGGAUUUGGCAGUUUCAAUAGAUUUCGUCCCUGCUAUUGAAAUCGAGGAUUAUGACGAGGAGAGAUGCUUUAUUGUUCCAAAAAUACCACACAAAGAGAGCAUCAUCUCUAAAACUUUCACCACAGAGGAACUGAACCAACUUGGUCGCAUAUCCCAUCCAACGCAGGAGGUUGAGCUCCUACUCGACUUGGACCAACACUUGAUGGAUGUGUUCAUAACAGCAAAGAGCCUACGAAAACCUGAGGUUUGUGGAUUCAAGAUGAAGAAUGACAAAGAUGAGACAGUUCCAAUGGGCGAGUACAUCACCAGCUACAGACUGAAAACUUCAUUUAUGCAUUUGAUAAAAGUGUUUAGAUAUUCAAAGAUGUCACUUGGCAAAAUGGUGCUGAUAGUCUAUGAAUAUCUAGAGAAAUGCCUCCAAAGGGGCGACCUACCAUCGUUUUCUAAAGAUACAUGGGGAAGACCAGUGAAUGUGCUGGAAGGAUCCAGGUUGAGUAAGGAACGUAGCAUUCUGGCAGCAACGAAAAUGACAGAAUUUGUAAGGCGUUUGUAUGAAAGAGAUUACUCAUCAGUUAAAGACUUGGAUUUAAAAGAGGAGCAACUUGCAAGAAGAGAGUUUAGGUACAUUUUCAGAUAG